AUGGAGUGUGCCAGGGGCAGGGCAGGUCCCUCUGCUGCUGGGUUUGCUGGGAAAAUAGGACAUUCUAGGGAAUUGGGGUCUCACCUGGUGGUCCCUGGGGACUACUGGCUUGUGGGAAUGCAGGUAGAGGGUCUGUUGACAUUCCAGGAUGUGGCUUUGGACUUCUCCCAUGAGGAGUGGGACUCUCUGGACUCUGCUCAGAGGACUUUGUACAUAGAUGUGAUGUUGGAGAAUUACAGUAACCUAGUCGUUGUAGAGCACUAUUACAUGUGUGUUAAACAGAAGACAGUCCUGCAUUACAACUCAAAGAACAUUGUCCGUCAGGGUGUUAGUAUCCGUGAGGGAUCUUACAAAUGCAAUGAGCUUGGCAAAAUGAUUCAAGAAUCCUCCCAAUGCAUACUUCAUGACACAUGUGAUGUUAUAGAAAUCUGCAACAAUUGCAAAUUUGGAAACCACAGAGAUGCCUCUAUUGAAUCAUCAGACCUAACCAUCCAUAAAAGUGGAAACACUGGAGAAGAGCCUUUCAAAUAUAAAGACUGUGUGAACAGUUUAAAUUUCUGUUCCAUCAUUAGUCAAAAUCUACGAAUCUGCACUGAAAAGGAAGAAUGCAAAAAUAGAAAGAAUAAUAAAUAUUUUGACUCUCAACACAAACUCACAUUGAAAGAAAUCCACACCGGAAAGAAACCACAGCAAUGCUGGAAAUGUGCAAAAUGCUUCAAGACAUACUCACACCUCAGUGGACAUAAAGGAGUUCAAACAGAAGAGAAACCUGAUAAAUACACAGAAUGUAGUAAAUGCUUUCUGCUUUUGUUACAACUCUACGUACAUAGCAAUAGCCAAUAUGGAGAAAAACCCAACAAAUGUACAGAAUGUAUCAGAAAAUAUCAGAAAAUUUAUAGAGGUGAGUCACCUUAUGAAUGUAAGCAAUGUAGUAAGUUCUAUACAUUGUCACAACUUGAAUACCAUUAUAGAAACCAAAGUGGAGAAAAACUGUACGGAUGUAAUGAUUGUGGCAAAUCCUUAUCCACUGUCUCAGGUGUUAUAUCAUAUCAGAGAAGUCACACAGGAGAGAAUCCUUACAAAUGUAGUGGAUGUGAGAAGUCCUUUAUCACUAGCUCAUAUCUUAGAUUGUAUCAGGAAAUUUGUAGAAGUGAAAAACCUUAUAAAUGUACUGCAUGUGACAAAUCCUUUCCUGAGAAACAUCAUCUUAGGAGACAUCAGACAAUUCAUACAGAACAGAAGCCUUAUAAAUGUAGUGAAUAUGAGAAAUCCUUUUCAGUUGCUUCAGAUCUUAGAAACCAUCAGGAAAUACUGACAGGUGAGAAACCUUACAAAUGCAAUGAAUGUAACAAAUCCUUUACCAGUGGCUCAUAUUUUAGAAGACAUCAAAAAAUCCAUACAGGAGAGAAACCUUACAAAUGCAGUGAAUGUGAGAAAUCCUUUACCAGUGGCUCAUACCUUAGAUUGCAUCAAAAAUUUCAUACAGGAGAGAAGCCUUAUAAAUGUAGUGAAUGUGGUAAAUCCUUUAUCACUGGCUCUUAUCUUAGACUGCAUCAGAAAAGUCAUAGAGGUGAGAAACCUCAUAAAUGUACUGCAUGUGGCAAAUCCUUUCUCGAGAAACAUCAUCUUAGGAGACAUGAGACAGUUCAUACAGGAGAGAAGCCUUAUAAAUGUAGUGAAUGCGAGAAGUCCUUUACCAGUGGCUCAUAUCUUAGAUUGCAUCAGAAAAUUCAUAGAGCCAUAUGCCCCAAGUUACUUGCCAUUCUCAGUCUCAUCUUGGCUCUGCUAUAUCGGUCCGUCAUCAUGGAGAAACUCCCAUAG